ACUAGUUUUAGAUAUAAACGCCGUGCUUUUCUUCUUAGUUCCUUUUGGUUGUUUUCGUUAUUUAAAUAGACUAUUUUUGUUUUGUUUUCUUGUAUCCUGGAAAGAUGGCGACUUUCGUUAAUUUUUUGAUAUGUUUUCUGCUGCUUUCAUCCGCACCAACCUUAGGAAACUCUGAGAAAGACCCGGUGUCUGCUACCACUGCUGCAUUUGACGUACGGGGGGCAAACGACGAGGUUACAGUGAUACCAAGUGCUGAGGCCAGGGUCGGAGACAGCGAUCACGACGACGAUGCAUCCACUGCUACCCCUGCGGUUGCUGGUGUUAGGGUUGGCAAUGAUGUGGCCACGACAUCGUCUGCCGAAUCUUACGAAAAUCGAAAUGCUAAUGACCCUGAAUCGAUUACUGCAAUUCCUUCCGAAAGCAGAGAGGGUGGCGACUACGAGUCGACUGCUACGAUGGCUUCCGAAAGCAGAGAGGGCCGCGACAGAGAGACGACUACUGUAAAUUCUUCCGAAAGCAGAGAGGGCAACGACAACGAGGCCAAUACUGCAAUUUCUUCGACUACAGUGUCCAUGGAUGACGAUCAUCAUGGCCCAAUCCAGCAGAGGUCGCACGUGCGUUUUCCAUUCGAAAGCUGUCCUGAAUCUAUGAACGCGGGUUGUGGGGAUGAUCAUGAAUGCCAAAUCGUGAUCGACAUCCGGACUGGGGAUGAAAAAGAAUAUCACUGCAUCAAAAAAGAUUGCGGAAAAAAACGAUGCAGUAACAAUGGACACUGUGUUGGAAGCAGCGGAUGCUUUUGUGACGAAGGUUUCUCCGGAAAUAAUUGCUCUGUCGCGGAUGUUCGUAAGGGUGAAGAAGGGCCCGAUGAAAAAAAGAAGGAAAGCGAUCUCUCUGAAUGCAUGAACAAGUGUCCUUUGGAACAGAGAUGUGUCAUCAAAAAUGACGAGGUUACCUGCUUGUCUUAUGCAUGCAAACCGAAUCCAUGUAAGAAUGGCGGGGCUUGCAAAGAGUCCGCCAACAAAGGGGAAUUCAAAUGCGAAUGUACAAAAGACUACGUGGGAGAUCAAUGCGAGAACAAGCCUGGUCGUCCGGUUGUGGGUGUGCGAAGUGGGUCGGCAUGGGACCAGAAAAACAAAGGCAUUUCUACUGUAUUUGAUCGGUGUUCUGUAGCUCCGAGUCCAUGCAGUACAGGCGAAAGAUGCGAGAUGGUGAAUUCGCGUGUAGUUUGCUCAGCACCCUAUUGCACACCAGAUACUUGCAGCGGACGAGGAACUUGUGUUGAAGACAGAAGUAGUUAUAGAUGCGUUUGUCAAAACGGAUACAAAGGUCUUCAUUGUGAAAAUAGCUUAGAAAAAUUCACUGGACCUUGCAAUCCGAAUCCUUGUAAAGGGGACUGCACUUGCCGUGAGUCAUGCCAGCACGAAUACGGGUACUAUUGCGCCAGCGAAGGUGGAUACAUGGGAAAGAAUUGUACCAUACAGGUACCAAGAAUUCGAUGCGGUCAGCGAAGUAUUUCGGUAGAUAUUCCAGAGGCUCUCUAUGCAGAGUUCGACAAAGGAAUGAGAAACACCAUUUUCUACCUGGCGCAGUCCUCGAACUCCGGGAGCAGACAGUGUGAAGCGGUCAAUGUUGGUGGUGUGUUUCACUAUGAUGUUCCAUUGCCGUUUAUCAGCUGUGGUACGAGUCGUCGCAGAAUGUCGGAUGCUCUAGUUGUGAAAAAUCGUGUUUUCAUGGAUAGGAGAAGUACCCUAUUUAGCAUGCCAGUACCCAUCUUGGACUUCGAAUGCAGAUAUGAACGGGAGUACAGAUUGGUAACAUCCAUAAAACCAUUGGUGACUCAACCAGAACUGAUUACAAAAUAUGGCCAGUUUGCACCAGAGGUUGAAUUAUGCAAGGUAUCGUCUUGUCAGUCGGAUUGCCCUGAGAAAUUCCAGGUUAAUAUGGGAGCUGUGUACACAGUCGGAGAAAAGAUACAAUUGAGCGCUACAGCACUACCACAGAACGGUUUUAUGGAUUAUGUGACGACCAUCGCAGACAUGAGAUUAUCUUGCACAGCAAGCCCUGGAAACUCGGCUGGGUUGAGCUUGAUAGCUGACGGAUGCCCUGCAAAUUCCGGACUCUCGACAACUUAUGAAAUUGGACAUCGCGCCUGUGUCUCCUUUCAGACACCCCGUGCUCUUGGAUGCGAAACUGCAUACAUACACUUGCACCUCCAAUUGUGCAGCCCGUCGGAAUUGCAAACAUGCGCCGGCGGAAUGCAAAAGUGUGUACCAAUUGCUGGUAGAAAGCGCAGAUCUUUAGCUGAAAUCAACAAGAAUGGUUACGUUUUCGUUGGACCUCUAGUCAUCAUCAAUGGGAGUGAAGGUGUUGAGAAAAUGAUUUUGUAUCCCGAAGCAUCGGCGAAAGCUCCCGUUUACGUCAACGAGAUCGAAGUGGACGAGAUACCCUCCGUUGAACGUCGCAGUAACGUUACUAGACCGGAAGCUGUCGACGGAAACAACGUUACUAUUGUUGCAAUACUGGUCCCAGUGGCUCUCGUCGUCGUCUUCUACAUCCUGCUUAUGUACUCUUGGCAGAAAUCAACCUCGCGUCUUCGUUCCUCCUUUACUGUAAAAAGGCCAUUGAUAAGAAAUUCCAGAUUCAAUCUUGGCAGUAACUCGUCGGAUGAUAGCAUACUCUGUGAAGUUUCACAAGAUUGCUGCAACUUGGAACCGAAUUCCACUGUCCUCACUUCCGUAGAUUUGUGCAAAUGCGGAUUGCCGAAUUGCGACUGCAGGGCUUAUUGAAUUAAUUUCUCAUUUGAUAUGCAAUUUAUCUUUCUGCAUCUGAACUAGAGGAGUUUAUGGAUUAUUUGUUUCGUUAUACAUUUAUAAACUAUGUUCAUUUCUCUGUGUUAAUAAAUCUUCAAACACUAUUACGGUUA